GGUGCGCUUCGGAGGCGGACGGACGGACGGACGCGUCAAAACUGGAAAACACCCGGAGCGCUCCUUCGUGUUUUCUGGUUCUUUUCACAUGUAACUGCGGUUUAUCUCCCUCUUUCCCACGGAAAACCAAACCUCCCCGGAAUCCGUUGCAGCCGCUGGUAAACGAUACUCUGUGAAACGGGUUAUUUUUAGUCCCCCUCCGCAGCGAUGAGUGGCUGGGAUCCGGCGAGCGGUGCUGUUCUGUGGUAAGAGACCCCCCCACCACUGCCACUACCACCCCCCACCCCCAGCACCAGCAGCACCAGGGUUCAACCACAAUGAAGUCCAGACGAGACAAGCUGAAGAUCCCCUCUCUGACUCUGGAUUUGUCACCCACUUGCCAGAGCCCCACCCUCCUGAGCCCAUGCAGCCCCUGCAGCCCCUGCAGCCCCUUACAAACCCUUCAUCCCUGGAGCUGUCGCAGCAGCAACAGGAAGAGCCUCGGUGUCGGGACGCCGUCGCCCACGUUGUCCCGGCCGCUCUCCCCUUUAUCGCUCCACACGGCUGCAAGUAGCCCACUAGACAGCCCCCGAAAUGUGUCGACCAGUGCCUGCCUCAACUUUCCGUUCGCCCGAAGUCAUUUGGCUCGAGCCGACAGAGCCGAGGGCCGGAGAUGGUCCCUGGCGUCCCUCCCCUCGUCUGGAUAUGGAACCAACCCACCCAGCUCCACCGUCUCAUCGUCCUCGUCUUCCCAGGAACGCCUUCACCAGCUUCCCUACCAGCCGACACAAGACGAGCUGCACUUCCUCUUCAAACACUUCCGCAGUACAGAUAGCAUGACGGACGAGGAUGGCCGGCCGUCCACUGUCAUACGGCCUCGGUCCCGGAGCCUCAGCCCCGGGCGAUCGAGUGUCUCCUUCGAUAAUGAGAUAGUCAUGAUGAACCAUGUUUACAGAGAGCGCUUUCCAAAGGCCACAGCCCAGAUGGAGGAGCGCUUGUUGGAGAUUGCCACCCACUGCUCUCCAGACAGCUCCCUCCCGCUGGCCGACGGGGUGCUGGGCUUCAUCCAGCACCAGUUGGUCGAACUGGUCCGAGACUGCCUGGACAAAUCCCAAAACGGCCUGGUGACUUCACGCUACUUUGCCGAGCUGCAGGAGAAACUGGAAAAGCUGCUUCAUGAGGCUUUCGAGCGCUCUGAAAGUGCGGAGGUUACCAUCAUCACUCAGCUGGUGAGGAAGAUCCUUAUCAUAAUCUCUCGGCCGGCUCGCCUCCUUGAGUGUCUGGAGUUUGACCCAGAGGAGUUUUAUCACCUCCUUGAGGCGGCAGAAGGUCACGCCAAAGUCGGACAAGGAAUCAAAACAGACAUCCCACGAUACAUCAUCAGCCAGCUGGGUUUGACACGGGACCCUUUAGAAGAAAUGGUGCAGCUUGAGCAGUACGAUACCAGCACCCCAGUGGUUUCAGCAGAACCAGAGGCUCAGGUGGAGAAUAAAGCUCCACAGACACUGACACCAACUCGGAGGAAACCUCUUGAGAGUGAUUUUGAGACUAUCAAACUUAUCAGCAAUGGGGCUUAUGGAGCUGUUUAUCUGGUUCGCCAUAAGGAGACCCGCCAACGCUUUGCUAUGAAAAAGAUAAACCGUCAGAACCUGGUCCUGAGGAACCAGAUUCAGCAGGCGUUUGUGGAGCGAGACAUCCUCACCUUUGCUGAGAAUCCAUUUGUGGUCUCCAUGUUCUGCUCUUUUGAGACCCGGCGUCAUCUGUGCAUGGUCAUGGAGUAUGUGGAAGGUGGAGAUUGUGCCAACCUGCUCAAAAACAUGGGCCCGCUGCCGGUAGAAAUGACGAGGAUGUACUUUGCUGAAACAGUCCUGGCCCUGGAGUACCUUCACAACUACGGCAUCGUGCAUCGGGAUCUCAAACCUGACAAUUUACUGAUUACAUCCAUGGGGCACAUCAAGCUGACGGACUUCGGUCUGUCUAAAAUCGGCCUGAUGAACAUGACCACCAACCUGUAUGAGGGUCACAUAGAAAAAGACACAAGAGAGUUCGUAGACAAACAGGUGUGUGGUACCCCAGAGUACAUUGCUCCAGAGGUGAUACUCCGUCAGGGCUAUGGAAAGCCGGUGGACUGGUGGGCCAUGGGCAUCAUCCUCUAUGAAUUCCUGGUGGGCUGCGUGCCGUUCUUUGGAGACACACCUGAGGAGCUUUUUGGACAAGUUGUCAGCGAUGAAAUCAUUUGGCCUGAAGGAGACGACGCCUUACCCACCGAUGCCCAGGACCUGAUCACCCGCCUGUUGAGACAGAGCGCCCUAGACCGCCUGGGAACUGGAGGAGCCUCAGAGGUCAAACAACACCCCUUCUUCCUGGGUUUGGACUGGAACGGACUUCUGCGUCAGAAAGCAGAGUUCAUCCCUCAGCUGGAGGCCGAGGACGACACCAGCUACUUCGACACUCGUUCAGAGCGCUACCACCAUCUGGCAUCCGACGAAGACGAGGAAACCAAUGAUGAAGAGUCUUCCUUGGAAAUUCGACAGUUUGCUUCCUGGUCGCAUCGUUUUAGCAAGGUUUACAGCAGCACAGAACAUCUGGCGACGCCGUCCAACCUGAGCUUCUCCUCUGAUCGCAGCCACAGUGAAGACAAGGAGGAUCGCAGCGAGGGAGGAGGACUCAGCCCAUCCCAGAGUCCAGCAGAGGGUGGCGUGGAGCGUAGGCACGCCGGACGCAUGGCCAGCCUUCGUCCUCGAGCGUCCUCCAGUUCGUCCCAGUCAGAGAGGAGUACAAGUCCUCUGGUGAUGAGCAGCACCCAUAGCCUGGAGACGAUGCCACGCUUUGCCCUGUCCACCGACGACGAAGCCGAGGUGGUUGUGUCAAACCUUCGGAGAAUCAGAAUUCGCAGCAACAGCACUGGGGCCAAACACUCGUCUCCUAAAGAUCCGGCCGGUCCUCGGCGUUUUGGGAACCAGCUGGAGACGCCAGACAGACAGAGGAUUCCCUCUGGAGGCAAGGUCCCCAAGUCGGCCUCAGUGUCAGCCCUCUCCCUCAUCAUCACCACAGACGACACGCCCGGCGGCCUCCAGCCCAGCCCCAUCUCCCCACGCUCGCUGUCCUCUAACCCCUCGUCCCGAGACUCCUCCCCCAGCCGCGACCUGUCACUCAGCCCCGGCAGCCUGAGGCCGCCCAUCAUCAUCCACACCUCAGGGAAGAAGUUCGGCUUCACCCUCCAGGCCAUCCGGGUCUACAUGGGGGACAGCGAUGUGUACACGGUGCAUCACAUGGUGUCGAGUGUGGAGGAAGGAAGCCCGGCUCACCAGGCGGGUCUGUGCACCGGAGACCUCAUCACCCAUGUGAACGGGGAGUCUGUCCAAGGCCUCGUCCACCCAGAGAUGAUAGAGCUGCUGCUGAAAAGUGGAAACAAGGUGGCGCUGCAGACCAUAGCACUGGAAAACACAUCGAUCAAAGUCGGUCCAGCUCGAAAAACCAAACACAAAGGCAAGAUGGCCCGUCGCAGCAAGAAGAGCAAGAGGAGAGAUAACUAUGACAGGCGACGCAGCAUCUUGAAGAAGCUGUCGAAGCAGAGCACGGUGAUGCACAGCAGUCGUAGUUUUUCUUCAGGCCUCCAUCACUCAGUUUCAUCCAGUGAGAGUCUUCCAGGCUCCCCGACCCACAGCCUCUCCCCUGGCCCGUCCACGCCCUGCCGCAGUCCGGCGCCCGACCACCAGGCCUUCGAGAACAACUCCCCUCAGAGCACAUCUCCGUGCUCCAGUUCUCCGAGUUCUCCGGCUGCUCACAUACGGCCCAGUUCACUCCACGGCCUCGGGUCCAAACUCAGCACGCAGCGCUACACCAAGGUGGGCCGCCGGAAGUCCACCAGCAACAUCCCACCUUCACCGCUGGCCUGCAACUCCACCUCGUCUUCCACGCAGCCCCUUUCCCCACAGCGAUCCCCCUCACCGCUGCCAAGUUUUGCCAAAACCCUCCACACCUACCACGGAAAAACCCUGUCGCCGCCCACCAUCGUUCGGCACAUAGUCCGGCCUCGUAGCGCCGAACCGCCCCGGUCUCCUCUGCUCAAGAGGGUACAGUCAGCGGAGAAGCUGUCUGGUGUGUAUCAUGGAGAAAAGAAGCCGUACGCCCCCCGCAGACACACGCUGGAAGUGCCCUUCUAUGGUGACGGGGACCUGCUGGGUGACUCUGAGGCGGAGGGCGCCUGCGGGGGCUCGUACAUUGCGGUGGACCACAGCAGGCUGGGCGGGUACAUCGGCGGCCAGAGGUUGGAGAGGUCCGAGCAGCUGGUCGUGAUGCGGAAGCUGAACCUGUCAGAGCGACGCGACUCCUUCAAGAAGCAGGAGGCGGUGCAGGAGGUGAGCUUCGACGAGCCCGAGGAAAAGACCAGCCCAUCUGUUACCACGACGACCACCCCGAGCGGAGCUCAAACGCAACCCGAGCAUCAGCCGCCGCCGCAACACCGCACGGUCUGGAUGCUGACCCGACCCCAGAGCAGCCAGGAGGUGGAGCUGGAGGUCCCGCUGGUGAGGAGGUUCACGCUGGUGCCCCAGAUCGCCGUGCAGGGGUCGACGGAGAGCGAGCAGGACGAGUGGGAGCCGUGUUCGGACGGAGACGACACAAACGAGAACCCGGAGGUCGAUGUGGACGUCGAGUCGUCACAGCAGCAGCAGUCCAGACGUGUCUGCGUUGAUGCCGGCGCUACACCGGCAGAAACCACUUCCACCGGCCCUCAUGUUGUCCCAGCAACAGAGAAGAAGGAGAGCAGGGAGGGGACGCCACAAAAAGGGCAUCAAAGAAAGUGACACAACUCCAGGUUUUAACUGUUCACAUCCGUUUAUCAGACAAAGGAUCAGAGCUGCAGGUGAACUGGACGACGUAAAGGCAUUCACACACUCGUCUGCGUCGAAAUGGGAGAAAAUUUUACUUGAAUUUUUCUAUUGUAAAUAUUCGCCUCAAGGGCAUUUCAGACUUUUGUGCUUAUUUAUUAAAAUUUGUAAACUACCAUGAGUUAGUGACAGGGAAAGAGGUAAGUUCUCAUUGGUUGAAAAGCCAAGGGUCAGCAUUUUGUAUCCAUAAAAUGUGGUUUACGUCUUUUGACUGGAUUUUUUAAAAUAAAUGUCUAUUUUUUAAAUCAAGUCUUGCGGUACACAGUAGUUUGAUAAAGCUGAGCCUGAUUGUUGUUGGACCAAAAGGUAUGAGAAGUCGUUUUAGGAGCUGAAGUUUAAGUUUUUUUUGUUUUUUUGUCAUGUUUUGUGUCAGUUCAGACCUGAACGGUGCAGCUUCCAUUGUGUGAAGUUCUUUACACAACAGGGGUGUUUGUAUUUCAUUUUGCAGGUCAUGUUUUUUUUCAGUCUACAUUUAUAUUGUGGUAUUACAUGGUGGAAAAAUCAAUGUUUUAUGUUUCUGUUACUAGUUUUUGCAGCAUGAAUUAAGAGAUCAAUCAGUGAAGAUGAAAUGGUGGACAGAGCAGCACUAUGGUGUUGAUUUUUAAUCACUGUUUUGUAUAAAAAAGGAGAACAUGAACUAAUGAGGACGAGGAUAGUGAAGGGAUUGUGUAACGUUAAUGGCAUCACCUGAAGUUCAGCCUGUUGUUAGUUUUGAAGAAUGAGUUUCGUUAGUCAUUACAAACAACAACAAGUGAUAAACACAAAGAGCUUUACAAAACAUAUUCAUAAAAUGCUAAAUAAUUAAACAGUAAAAUAUGAGAAUUAAAAUAGCACAUGAACGUAGAUCAAACCAGCAUCUGCUCACUCCUCUGGCAGUUCAUGCCAGAUAAUUGAACACUGUUUUCUUUAGAUUUCAGUCUCAAAACUCGUACAGACAGAACAGAUCCCCACCACACACCAGCUGAUACAGGGUUAAACUGUCUAAAAUAAAAUCUGGAGUCAGGCCGAG